AUGUUAAUAAGCAGUUACACAUCAACAUCAAGUUACAUGAAGUUUCUGAAGGAUAUUUCGAAAAAAAGAAAGAUCAGCGACUUUGAAUCUGUGGCAUUGACUCAGAAGUGUAAUGCACUGAUCAGCAUAAAUAUUCCUGAGAAGCAAAGAGACCCAGGUAGCUUUACAGUCCCACACUCGAUUGGAGGAAUAGAUGUGCGUCAUGUGUUAUGUGACUUGGGAGCUAGCAUCAACUUGAUGCCUCUCUCAAUUUUCAAAACGAUCGAGAAUGGUGAAGCAACGCCUACCUCGGUAACGCUACAACUUGCUGACAGAUCCAUCACAUACCCUGAGGAAAAUAUCAAAGAUGUAUUAAUAAAGGUUGAAAAUUUUAUUUUUUUCAUAGACUUUAUUAUUCUGGACUAUGAGGCUGAUAGAGACGUCUCAAUCAUUCUUGGAUGCCCAUUUUUAGCUACCGAAAAACUCUUGAUUGAUGUACAUAAAGGGGAACUGACCAUGCGUGUAGAUGAUCAAGAAAUAAAAUUCAAUCUGUUAAACGCACUGAAGUUCCUCGAUAAUGCAGAAUCUUAUCAAUUUAUUGAAUCAUUCAACUACUUGGGGAAGAGGAGAACCAGGAAGUGGACCAAGGAUGUGAGGUCCAUGCGUUGA